CGCCUCUUCAGUCUUCACAAACCAGAUCUCACUCUCACACCUCUCCAACACUCUUCGCCGUCGCUCCUCACCACAGACCGCAACUCCGCCGUCGACACCGCCUCUCUCACCACGAUUCCCUCAGCCCCGAUCAAAUGCCGCCGCCGACACCAAGCUAAGGACUCAAGCGCCACUCUCAUCAGCCACCCAUGACGCCUCUCUUCUUCUCGUUUGCUACCGGUGACCAGACCCAGCCGAAAACGACGCCUCCACGUACUGUCGAUGACGCCUGCCACUGACGUCGCCACCGCCACUGUGGUUCUCAGCCGCCGCCGCCGGUUCCACUAUUGCUAAUACGAUAAGUUUUUUAGUAUAUAAACUACAAUCUCCCCAAGCACUGUGACAAACGAGGUUCUCAAGGCACUCUGUGCUGAGGCUGGCUGGAUCGUCGAGCUCGAUGGAACCACCUACGAGAUGAUAGCUGUUUCGAGCUAGGUUUCAACCUGGGAAUUGAAGUCUCAAUUUUCUGGAGGCUUAGGUUGCCUGAGAUUUUGCCACUUUUGCUCGGGAUUUUGCAGAACUUGUGGAACUUAAUAUUGGUGUGAGAAAGAUGAACCAUACUAGUCAGGGUCAACAACAGCCUGAAGGAAGACACGAUGAUGAUACUGCCAUCGCUGACUUCCUCACUUCAUUGAUGGAUUAUACUCCCACAAUUCCUGAUGAAUUAGUGGAGCAUUACUUGGCUAAAAGCGGGUUCCAAUGUCCUGAUGUUCGAUUGAGAAAGCUCCUUACAUUGCUAAGGCAUAGCAGCGCAAGGAGGACUACAACAGACAGAUGGAAGCUUACGACUAAGAAAAGGCGGGAGGUGAUGAGGAAGAGUCUGAUAAGUCCAAGUCUUAAGAGAAUGAUGAUGAGGAAGACGGCAAUGGAGAGGUGGGCCCAACGUUUGAGAGAUGAUCGAGUUAAACUAGCUUAGUAAAUCUAGUAGUCUAAACUCUUAGUAUUUUUAUCAUGAUGUUUAUUUUGAUGGAUUUGUAGACUUUGAUGAUUAUGUUUGAUGUUA